AUGCACCUCUCUGACACCGACUUCCCUUCGUUCGGUAAACCAUUCACCGAGCAUGUUUACAAGGACGGCAACACCAUCAGUUGCCGUCGAAAAUUUACAUUUCCUUUCAAGCUCGAACACAGAUACGACUACUUGCUUUGGCUUCAUGGGGUCUUGAGGGAGGUGAGGCGUGUUCUCGGUCCAGACGAAUUCAAUUACAUUCUUCGUUACCUCAUUGAUGGAGAAGACGCUGCUAAGGAAAGUUUGCCUAAAGAGCACGAUUCAGAAAAAAUAUCAUGGAUCAUCCACCACUGUGAUCAAGUAGCCAGAGAGCUUUUGUUUUCUGGGCUCAGCGAGCGACUCCAUUCCAUAAUACCUUGUUGCCUGUCCGAUAUGGAAAAGUGGAGACAGAUGCACCAAAGGAGUUUCAAAUUUCGUGUUUCACAAUUCGUUGAGUACAUCUGUAAGUGGGCCGACAAGCUUGCUAUUGAUGCUUGGAAAGGUAAACUGAACCUGUGGGAAACGAUGAGUUGUUUGGAUGCAAAUUCCUUCACCAAGGAAGAGCUCUACUUCAUGAUGUUCUUCAAUUCUCACGAAAACGUUCAAGAAACGACAAUCAAAGAAUAUUUCAAGAAUUUGGGCGUCGAGGAGAUCAAUCUUGCGGAUCGAGUCACCACACUGUUUGCGUCAAACAAGAUGUAUCCGGAUGCUUUGACUGCUACAUGCAAAUACAACGAAGGAUGCACCCAUUGCUGGAAAAAGAGCCACGGAGAGGAGGAUUGUUGGGUGAAGUAUCCACACCUUAGGCCUAGGCCGGUUCUGAAACGAAAGGCAAAUGACGAAAGCAGAAAUUGCUCAAAGAGACAGAAAAAGAGUAAGACCUCCAGUCCUGAGAAACAGACCUUUGAUGUUGACCUUGCUGGUUCUAAAUGUCGCCUGAAAAUCACGUUUGUCUGGUCUACUCGCAGCACACGCCAUGUUGUAAAAGACCGAAACUUGCUUUACGACUUUGUGAAGAACCGCCAGGUCUUGAAAGAUUUCUUUGGCAAUAAGACAGUUUCAGAAGGGUACGGAAAACUCAGUGGCAUUGCUGCAAAUGGACAACGGAUCGUUUUGGAGAAGGUUUUCUAUUUGAAGAAUGCACCUGCCAAUAUCAUUGCUGGAAACCAGCCAAUUGCAAAAUUUGCACAUUCCUUCAGUCAAAAAGAUCUAGCCUUGACGGACGAGAAAGGCAGGAGACUCAACACUUUGGAAUCGGACAGGAUUGCCUUGCAGCUUCACAGCUGCUUACAGGUUGCCGGAGCCUGA